GGGAACUCUCUAUUCAGACCUUGGACGUUUCCUUAUCUGAUCGGGGCGGCGGUGCUAUCCAUGGCCAAGCCGCGGUUGGUGGGCACCCAGACCGUGGGUUCCUUAUCCAUUGGUUCCUUAUUCAAUGCCCUCACCUUAUUGAUCCGUGUCCUCUGUGGCGCAAGUCGUUGUAGCUCAAUCCGCCUCCCGUCCAGACGCCAGUCGCCUUGCUGCAGAGCCUCGCGUCGCCGCAAUGAAGAGCGCCCUGGUGCUGAUCCUGGCCCUUCAGCUCGGCAGCGCCAGUCGCGUGCUGAGGAGCCAGGGCGUGCAGGCCACGGGCAACGCCACGGUGGACAUGGAGGACGCAGAUGCCAUGGCCAGGGGCGUGGAGGCCGAUGCGCGGGCGGACCUUGACGACGUGCUGGCGAUCCGCCAGGCGUCGGGCCUCGAGAGUCACCGGGCGCGGGCCGCCUUCGAGCGGGCGGGCGAGGCCGAGGAGGACGGCCAGGCGAUCGCCAGGGGCAGCAAGCUGUGGUCCGAGGCCGCGGACGCCCAGGGGGAGCGGGAGCUGAAGGACCCCAAGGACCGCGCCGCGCUGGUCCGGGCCGUGGCGCUGGAGGCAAAGGAGGAGGGCCAGGACGCCGCCCAGAUGCAGCUGCUCGCCUCCAGGGAGAAGGCCGACGGCAACGCCACCGAGCUGCGGGCGCGGAGCAUGGGCGCAGACGCCGACGCGCUGGAGCACGAGGCGAUGGCCAAGCUGGAGCAGGCGGGCGCGGACGCGAGCACCCUCCGCGCCGCGGCCGCCAGCGAGGCCAGGGCGUGACGAGGGCCUGGGGUCUGUGCCUCCGCGGCCGCCGCGGCAGGGAGCCGCGCGUCCGCACGCCUCACCUCACAGAGACAAGGCAGGAGGGGGACACCGACACCACGCACAGCUAGCAGUGCCUGUCAUGGUGAAAGCGUGGGGGG